AGAGUUUGUUUACGUUGCUCGCUGACGGGUCGGUUGCCUUCCUCAGCUCGGAUGCCAAGAUGGGGAAAUCCUUCGCCAACUUCAUGUGCAAAAAGGACUUUCAUCCUGCCUCCAAAUCCAAUAUCAAAAAGGUAUGGAUGGCAGAACAGAAAAUAUCAUAUGAUAAGAAGAAACAAGAAGAAUUAAUGCAACAGUACCUUAAAGAACAAGAGUCAUAUGAUAAUAGAUUGCUUAUGGGAGAUGAACGUGUAAAGAAUGGCCUUAAUUUCAUGUAUGAAGCCCCACCAGGAGCCAAAAAAGAAAACAAAGAGAAAGAAGAAACAGAAGGAGAGACAGAAUACAAAUUUGAAUGGCAGAAAGGAGCUCCAAGAGAAAAAUAUGCCAAAGAUGACAUGAACAUCAGAGAUCAGCCCUUUGGCAUUCAGGUUCGAAAUGUAAGAUGUAUUAAAUGUCACAAAUGGGGUCAUGUCAACACAGAUCGAGAGUGUCCUUUGUUUGGUCUUUCUGGAAUCAAUGCAAGUUCGGUUCCCACUGAUGGCUCAGGGCCAUCGAUGCACCCCUCGGAGCUAAUAGCGGAGAUGAGAAACAGUGGGUUUGCACUGAAACGAAAUGUACUGGGGAGAAACUUGACCGCAAAUGAUCCAUCACAGGAGUAUGUUGCAAGUGAGGGUGAAGAGGAUCCAGAAGUGGAAUUCUUAAAGUCACUCACAACCAAACAAAAAGAAAAACUUCUCAGGAAAUUGGACAGACUUGAAAAGAAAAAAAAGAAAAAAGAUAAAAAAAAGAAAAAGUUACAGAAGAACAGAAGUAAACACAAAAAACAUAAAAGCAAAUCCUCCUCCUCUUCCUCUUCCUCCUGCUCCUCCUCUUCCUCCAGUACAGCUUCAGAAAGCAGUAGUGAGAGUGACAAAGAAAAGAAGAAAAGAAAGAAACACAAAUGUUCAGGAAAUAACAGUGAUUCUGAAGAAGACAAGUCUAAGAAGAGAAAACUUCAUGAAAAACUUUCUAAUAGUCAUAGUAACAAGGAAAAAAAUAGGUCUUUAAAAAAAGAGAGUUCCGGAGAGAAUAGCAAACAGAGCUAUCCUGAUAGCCACAGGUCCAAAAGCCACCACCACAGCCCAGAGAAAAGAGGAUCAGAAAAAAAAGAGGGGAGCAGCAGAAGCUGUAGCAGGGAUGAGAGGAGUAGGAGAAGCCGAAGCAGAAGUCCUGGUAGCUAUAAGCAAAGGGAGAUAAGGAAGCAGCCACAGCGGAGUCCCAGUGAAGAGCGCAGCAGAGGAAAUGACAGCAGGAGCCAUGGCACCAGUGUAUACAGAGGAGAAAGAAUGCACAGGGAGCAUCCCGGAGAUAAGCACACCAAAGGGACCCACAGAGAAAGAAGCAGAAGUCGGGAGAGAAUAAAGAGACCACAUGUAACAGUUACCUAGUAAUAAAAGCAUCUCCACUUUCUUACUAAACACUUUUAGUAAGGGCUAAAUUACGUACUAUUAUCUUUGUAAUAAAUAAAGCUCUAUUUUAAUUUUCCAUCUCUGUAAACUGUCAUUUCAAAUAUAAAACCAUAAGAAUGAAUUUUGCAAAUAUUUGUAAGUAAUGUAUUUUGAGAAUGUAGAAAUAUUUUCUGUUGGUAACUGUUUCUUGUGCCCCUGUACCAGAUAAAACCCCAUAUAAUUCUGACAUUUUCUUUGUUCUGAAACAUCAUUAAAAGAGUGAUAGUACAUUGAA